AGCGCAUGGGCAGACAAACUGUACGUCCGUUUGUCCGGAGCAGAGGGGAGAGUGGGCGCCAUCUUCUUCUAAGCUCACUGAGGGGUCUGCCUGUUUUGGGGAGGCUGCUGCGACGAGGAGUGCCCCCCGCCACCAGCCUUGUGGUUCCGACUCGGCAGCAGCGGUUAGAAGUUGUAACAGAUCACUGUCUUCAAACCAACACAGCCACAAAAAUACUUUUGUUGCAUUCUUAAGUUGCUUUUACAGAAUUAACAGGUCUCCAAGAAAUAAAAAAAGGUCAUUAUUGCUGUGGUUUGAGCUCAGCAUGGCUGUAGUCAUCCGUUUACUGGGGCUUCCUUUUAUUGCGGGGCCUGUGGAUAUUCGUCACUUCUUCACGGGAUUGACUAUUCCUGAUGGAGGAGUGCAUAUAAUUGGAGGGGAAGUUGGGGAGGCUUUUAUUAUUUUUGCAACAGAUGAAGAUGCAAGACGUGCCGUAAGUCGUUCAGGAGGGUUUAUCAAGGAUUCAUCUGUAGAGCUUUUUCUUAGUAGUAAGGCAGAAAUGCAGAAGACUAUAGAAAUGAAAAGAACUGAUCGCAUGGGACGAGAGAGACCAGGAUCUGGGGCACCAGGGGUUGGCAGCUUAUCUAAUUUUGUUGAGGCUACUAAAGAAGAAGCAAGUAAUUCUGGAUAUGGCUCUCCGAUUAAUCAAGAUGCUGGGUUUCAUACUAAUGGUACAGGACAAGGUGAUUUAAGGCCAAGAAAGACACGGCCAUUGAAGGCAGAGAAUCCUUACUUGUUUCUACGAGGCUUGCCUUACUUAGUAAACGAAGAUGAUGUACGUGUCUUUUUCUCUGGCUUGUGUGUGGAUGGAGUAAUUUUCUUAAAGCAUCAUGAUGGCCGAAAUAAUGGUGAUGCCAUAGUAAAAUUUGCUUCAUGUAUUGAUGCUUCAGGAGGUCUUAAAUGUCAUAGAAGUUUUAUGGGUUCAAGAUUUAUUGAAGUAAUGCAAGGCUCGGAACAACAGUGGAUUGAGUUUGGAGGUAAUGCAGUUAAGGAGGGUGACAUUUCUAUGAGGACUGAAGAACAUUCUCCACCAAGAGGAAUUAACGAUAGACAUUUUUGGAAACGAUCUCAUUCAAAGUCUCCCAGAAGAACACGUUCUCGUUCUCCUCUUGGAUUUUAUGUUCACUUAAAAAAUCUGUCCCUAAGUAUUAACAAAAAAGAUUUGAGAAAUUUCUUUAGAGAUACUGAUCUGACUAAUGAACAGAUUAGGUUUUUAUAUAAGGAUGAAAGAAGAACAAGAUAUGCCUUUGUGAUGUUCAAGACUCUGAAAGACUAUAACACUGCUCUGGGUUUACAUAAGACUGUUUUACAGUAUCGUCCAGUUCAUAUUGAUCCAGUUUCUAGAAAACAGAUGCUGAAGUUCAUUGAAUGUUAUGAAAAGAAAAGACCAGCAUCAACAGAGAAAGAGAGGCUUGGACAUGUUUCACAAAAAUACUCUCAAGAAGGCUAUUCUGGCCAGAAACUGUGCAUAUAUAUAAGAAAUUUUCCAUUUGAUGUUACAAAAGUUGAAGUGCAGAAGUUCUUUGCAGACUUUUCUCUUGCUGAGGAUGACAUUUACUUGCUUUAUGAUGACAAGGGAGUUGGUCUAGGAGAAGCAUUGGUGAAAUUCAGAUCAGAAGAACAGGCCAUGAAAGCUGAACGUUUAAACCGACGAAGAUUCUUGGGGACAGAGGUAUUGUUAAGGCUCAUAUCUGAGGUACAAAUGCGGGAGUUUGGUGUAAAUUUUUCUUCAAUGUCCAGUGAGAGAAUGCAUGACCAUUCACAGUCAUGUGAUAGAGAUGAUCAUUCCCAUUCAUUUGACUCAAAUGAUCUACCAUUCUACUCGGUUGGCCCUUCUGAAAACUUUAGGCAUCAGCAAGAGGACUUGAGGCAACUGGACAAUUUCAAGCAUCCCCAGGGGGAUUUCCGACCUCCUGAAAGGCGCCCUCCAGAAGACUUUAGGCAUUCCCCGGAGGAUUUCAGGCACUCCCCUGAAGACUUCAGGCGCCUUCGGGAGGAACACUUCAGGCGGCCUCCUGAGGAGGACUUCAGACGCCCUUGGGAAGAGGACUUCAGACACUCUCCGGAGGAGGAUUUCAGGCACUCUCGGGAGGAGGACUGGAGGCGGCCACCUGAGGAGGAUUUCAGGCGGCCUCCCAAGGAAGACUUCAGGAGACCCCCUGAGGAGGACUGGAGGCGGCCCCCCCAGGGAGACUUCAGGAGGCCACCUGAGGAGGAUUGGAGACGGCCUCCUGAGGAGGACUUCAGACGGCUUCCCCCGGGGGAAUGGAGGCGGCCACCUGAGGAAGACUUCAGGCGGCCCCCUGAGGAGGAUUUCAGGCGACUUCCAGAGGAAGACUUCCGGCGACCUCCUGAGGAGGACUUCAGGCGGCCCCACGAGGAGGACUUCAGGCGGUCUCCUGAGGAGGAUUUCCGGCGUUCUCCUGAGAAGGACUUCAGGCGGCCACCUGCGGAACACUUCCGGCGGCCCCCCCCAGAGCAUUUCCGGAGGCCGCCCCCGGAGCACUUCCGGCGGCCACCUCAGGAGCAUUUCCGGCGGCCGCCCCCAGAGCAUUUCAGACGGCCACCCCAGGAGCAUUUCAGACGGCCGCCUCAGGAACAUUUCAGGCGGCCAUCCCAGGAGCAUUUCAGGCGCCCUCGAGAGGAAGAUUUUAGGCACCCACUGGAUGAAGAUUUCAGGGGCCCUCCGGAUGAAGACUUUAGGCACCCUCCUGAUGAGGACUUCAGGAGUCCCCAGGAGGAAGAUUUUAGAAGCCCUUCUGAUGAGGACUUCAGGCGGCUCCCGGAGGAAGACCUCAGGGAAGCUCCAGAGGAGGACCCUAGACUUACUGACAGUUUUAGAGUUCCUGGUGAGGAGUUUAGGAGCCCCCCUGAUGAUUUUAGAAGUCAUCGCCCUUUUGUGAAUUUUGGUCGCCCAGAAGGUGGCAAGUUUGAUUUUGGAAAGCGUAAUAUGGGAAGUUUUCCUGAGGGGAGAUUUAUGCCUGAUCCAAAAUUAAAUUGUAAUUCAGGUAGAGUAACACCCAUUAAGAUAAUGAAUCUUCCAUUUAAAGCUAAUGUUAAUGAAAUUCUAGACUUUUUCCAUGGUUACAGAAUCAUACCUGAUUCAGUUUCAAUACAGUAUAACGAGCAAGGAUUACCUACAGGGGAAGCCAUUGUUGCCAUGAUAAACUACAAUGAAGCUAUGGCUGCUAUUAAAGAUCUGAAUGAUAGGCCAGUUGGCCCCCGCAAAGUUAAGUUAAUUUUGCUCUAGAGAGCAUUUCUAAAUUCAGAAUUACCUCCCCACAGUAUUGAUGCAGUAAAAUGCACUUUUUUGUGUUUAUUUUUUACUAAUGAAAAGAAACAUUUUAAUUUUGACCUGUGAAUAGAACAAAUGUAAAUAGUAGAAUGUGAAUCUGGUUUUCUUUUGCUUGCAAAUUGCCGUUCACUUUUUCUAACUUAAAAAUAUAUAUGGCUUUUUUUUUUUGACCAGUGGGGGAGAGAACUAAUUCCCUGAGUGCAUUAAUUUUUGUUGAUGUCAUGGGUAAACGUCAAGACUUGUAUAGUAGAACUGUAUUUGGGGAAGAUAAGUUUUAUAUUCACUUUUGUUUCCAUUCUGUAGUCUGCAUCUUUUUACUCAAACUGUAUAAGGAAAUGGUCAGUGACUGAUUGUUCAGGGUUAGCAUUUUCAUUGCUAACUGCCUGCAGAAUUAAUGCCCUCUUCCUUGUCUGAGAUAUUACUGUGUUAAGCCUCCCCUUAAUAGUUCAAAAUUGACAGACUGUGAACUUGAAGUUUACUUAUGUAAAAAGCUUAGGAAAUUCUUAAAACUUCGAUGAUCAUAACUUUCAAGAUUUUAUAAAAAUAAAAAAAAUUGCAACUGAAUAGACCAACUAACUUGUAUUUGUAUAAAGAGAAAAAAGAAUUAUAGCUUCUUUUGUGAAGGUUUCCAACAGCUGUAUAAGGUAAUAUUUAUGACAGGAGAGACCAAACAUUCUGUAAUAAUAGUGUAUUAGUGCUGUGUAUAGUUCUGUGGUUUCUUCCAACAUCUCAUCAACCAAACUGAUAAGACUUACUCAAAAUACUUAAAGACAAAAAAAAUAAAAAGUAAUUAUAAGUACAAGGGGACUUUCAGGCUAAUGCUGGGAAGAAUCUGAUAAAUGGACAUAGUUUGUGUUUCUAGGAAGAAUUUACUGAUGAUUCAUAUAACUUGUAUUUUUAAAAUUAGGUUCUCAUUUCCUAAUUUCAAAACUUUUUAUCCAAAGACUCAAUGACUAAAUAUAACGACUUUUGUGAGAUUGAAUUUUGACUUCUUUGAUAUUUGACAUUUAGUGUAGACAUUUUGCAAAUACUGGAUUUGGUUUUCUAUACCAUCAUAAUGUUAAUGCUUACACUGGGCACUUACUAUGUGCUAGGCAGUAUAAGUACUUUACAUGCAUAAUGUCAAUCUUAAUUAUUCCCUAAGAAGCUUAAGAGUAUUUAGCUCUAUUUCACAAAUGAGAUAAUGAAAUUCAGAGAGUUUAAGUUACUUGCCUAAAGUCAUAGCUAGUAAAUCAUGGAGCCAGUUUCAACCCAGACAGACUACACACUCCAGUUCAUGCUCUUAAUACUUUUGCCUGCUAACUUUGUUAAGUGCUGUUUUUAAUUUUAGUAAGACCAUGCUAAAAAUAUUUUCAAGAGUAAAGGAUAUUUUCUUACCUCCAUUUUUGCUUUAAAAAUAGCAUUAAGAAAAGGUAAAAUUUGUAUGCCCAAGCAUUGUUAAUAAAAGACAAAGUAACUAAAACAUCCAGGGUUUCUCUGGGAGACAAACAUUAUGUAUUGGCUUCUAAUUUAAAACUGUUCAUCUUAUGAAACAUGAUUUGACUUUGGUUGGCCUUUUAUAGUUUACAUAAAACAAAGUUAAUUUUCCUUAAUUCUGUGAUUUAGAUAUUUCCCACAGUGAGCAAAUAAGAAUAAAGUUUGAAUUUAUAUCAGUAGUUUAGUCAUUUAAUAAUAGGGUAUGGCAGAAGUAGAAUAUUUUGUCAGUAUUUAGCCAGUUAGUGCUAUAAGUAUUUUGGAUUAAUCUUUAGUGAUUUAAAGAAGUCUAAUAAAAACCAACAGAAGUUUCUGUGUGUUUUUAAUUAUGUUGAGUGUCGUUCUUGCUAGUGGAAUGAAUAAAAUGGUAAAUUUGGUUCAGAAAAGCACAUCAGUAUGGCUCUUGAAACUAGUAAGCUUACAAGCAGCUAGGAAAAUGACAGUAGGAAGAAAUGAUAUAUAUAUAUAUAUUUUUUCUUUUUGCGGUAUGCGGGCCUCUCACUGCUGUGGCGUCUCCCGUUGCGGAGCACAGGCUCCGGACGCGCAGGCCCAGCGGCCAUGGCUCACGGGCCCAGCCGCUCCGCGGCAUAUGGGAUCCUCCCAGAUCGGGGCACGAACCCGUAUCCCCUGCAUCGGCAGGCGGACUCUCAACCACUGCGCCACCAGGGAGGCCCCAAGAAAUGAUAUUUUUAACUGCUCAGAGAUUAUUUAGAUGAUUUAUUUGAGGAGUAUAUGGGAAGACUUAAAAAUGCAUCUUAAAUAUAUAUCAAUAAAAGCUAAGAUGAAGCUUAAAGUGCAGUAUCACUUAAUAUUGAACUGCUUCUCAAUCUAGGCUGGGAUGGUGGUGGUAGAUAAGAAGCCAUCACAAUAGUAGUAAACACAGGCUUUGUAUUUUGAUUGUAAAAUUAAUGGAUUGAUAUGAAUAGUUAAUUUACUCCAUAAUCUUUGGUUCAAUAUAUUUUUUAACUUUAUAAAGUUUAUUACAGAAAGCUGGCUUCUACUGCUUGGGAGCCAUUUUUGCGUAUCUGUUCCCAACUCUGCCUUCAGUGAUAUGUCAAUAACUUAAAUUGGCCAUGGUAGGAGUAUUUACACCAUGGAAAUUGGUAAAUGCAGAAAAUCAGGGCAUUUUCCACCCCAGAGAGCCAAUUACCAGCACACCACCAAUUUCAAACAGAUAAGAGAAUAGUGUACUAAAUCCUCAUAUACCCAUCGCCCAGCUUCAAUAAUUAUCUCAUAGCCAGUUUUGUUUCCUCUCCUAGAUGUAUCAGGUAUAGUGGCAUAUUGGUUCUCUAGUUUAAUAUCCAGUGGCAUUUUAAUUAUCUUAAAGUCAAACUUUUUUUUUUUUUUUUUUGCGGUACGCGGGCCUCUCACUGUCGUGGCCUCUCCCGUUGCGGAGCACAGGCUCCGGACACGCAGGCCCAGCAGCCAUGGCUCACGGGCCUAGCCGCUCCGCGGCAUGUGGGAUCUUCCCGGACUGGGGCACGAACCCGUGUCCCCUGCAUCAGCAGGCGGACUCUCAACCACUGCGCCACCAGGGAAGCCCAAGCCAAACACUUUUGACUCGAGGUAUUCUGAAAAAUAUAGAUCAUGCCUAGAAAGUAAACUUCAUCCCAACCAAGAGAUAGGUAAGAAUCAUUGUGUUAGGAGCACACACUUACCACUUACUGAAAACACUGUCAAGAGCAUUGGCUCUUGGUCCAUAUAUCACCUAUUAAGCAGUGACCCUAUCACCUCCAUCUUUGUAUUAAAUGUAAGCUAAUAUUUACUGAGCUGUGAUACUGUGUAUUUAUGAUGUUUAAUUACAUAUGAAUUAACUAUAUCAUUUAGUUCCAAUAACCCUAAUAAACCUAUUUCGGAGAUAAGAAAUGGACGCCUAUAGCCUGUCUUUUUAUAAGGAAGCUAAAAGAGGUUUUUACAUUUUUAAAUAGGGUUACAUAAGUACCUAUGUAAUAGCCUUGAUUUUCUCUCUCAGCUCACAAACUGUAAAAAUAUUUACCGUGUAACCCUUUAAGGAGUUUGCCAACCUACGUCUGGUCUAAAAUUUAAUUUGACAUCAAAAGUAUUUUGUAUAAUAUUCCUUUUGUCCUUAGAAUAUUUUUUUGAAGCAGCCAAAGCAUACAUUUUAUAUCAGAAUUAUUUGCUGAUUGCUUUAUAUAUCAUGCACUAUUUUAACUUUACAAAUAGGGCAACUGAUGCUCAAGAGAAGUGAAUUGCUAUCAUAAGCAGCAAGAGCAAUACUAGAACUGUUUUUUUUUCUCCCAGCUACAAAUACCAAGAUUAAACACUGAGAAAAUAAAAAUG